AAGUUAACACUUUCAUUUAUCUCUCGCUACCUAACACACGCACGCACACACAACAGCUGCAGCGCGUGCGUGCAAGAUGUUGCAGACUCGUGACCGUGGAAGAAGAAAAAGAAUCAGUCAGCGUUAUUUUAGGAUUGUUUUAUUGGACCAAGGCGUCUAAAUACGUUUAUUCACGCCGGAAAAUACGAGGAACGUGGCGACGAAGCAUUAAACUUCUGAAUAAAGAUGACGCAUGACGUUUUCUAACAAUGUUUUGAUUCUUUCGGGCGUGACGUCAGCCACCACUACACAAAAAUGGUUCCUACUUAGUUUUGAUUCGGAAAGCAAAGUGAUUUAUAACUUUAAGUGUGGCAUUUUCGGGAAAAUGAAGGGCUAAACGGGUAAACUGGCGACAGCUCCAAACAUGGAGGCGUGUGCAGAACCUGGACGCAGACUGCGCUCCGUCUGUAGGAGAAUGUAUGACGAAAAUGAUGAUUUGUCGGACGUGGAGGAAAUUGCCAAUGUCAGAGGGUUUAACCUAGAAGAAAAGCUUGUAAGCAAAUCCUACAAUUCUAACUACGCCAAGUACAUGGACGGAAAAGAUUUCACAUAUGAAUACGUGCAGAAAGAAGCGCUUAGAAGUCCCCUCGUCUUUAAAGUCAAAGAUGGAUUGGGAAUCAGAAUGCCUGAUCCGGAUUUUACUGUCAGCGAAAUUAAGGGACUGGUCGGCAGCCGUCGGGCGGUAGAUGUGAUGGACGCCAGCACUCAGAAGGGCUCGGAGAUGAGCAUGGCGCAGUUUGUGCGUUACUACGAGACCCCCGAGGAGGAGCGGGAUAAGCUGUUCAACGUGAUCAGCCUGGAGUUCAGCCACACCAAGCUGGAGAACCUCAUAAAACGCCCCACAGUGGUGGACCUGCUGGACUGGGUAGAUAACGUGUGGCCCCCUCACCUGAAGGAGAGCCAGACUGAGGGCACCAACGUCAUCUCCGAGAUGAAGUACCCCAAAGUGCAGAAGUACUGUUUGAUGAGCGUGAAGGGCUGCUACACUGAUUUCCACAUCGACUUCGGCGGAACGUCUGUCUGGUACCAUGUACACAAGGGAGGGAAGGUGUUCUGGCUGAUCCCGCCCACCCCUCAUAACCUGGUGCUGUAUGAGGACUGGGUCCUCUCGGGGAAGCAGAGCGACGUGUUCCUGGGUGACCGAGCGGACAGCUGCCAGAGGGUGGAGCUCAAACCGGGCUACACCUUCUUCAUCCCCUCAGGAUGGAUCCACGCGGUGUACACGCCCGAGGACACGCUGGUGUUCGGGGGAAACUUCCUGCACAGCUUCAACAUCCCCAUGCAGCUGAGCGUGCACGAGAUCGAAAACCGCACCAAGGUCCACGCUAAGUUCCGCUACCCCUUCUUCUAUGAGAUGUGCUGGUACGUGCUGGAGCGGUACGUUCACUGCCUAACCGGACGCUCCCACCUGAGUAAGGGCUUCUGCAGGGAAUCCUCGCUCAAAGACACAGAGAUGAAGGCAGAGAUGGAGGAUGACUCCGGUGAGAUGAAGACGCAGGAGGGACUCAGGGACCCCCCUGUCCAAUCCAACAACACCUACCCGCACGCCAGCCCCGCCCCUGGCUCCGCCCACCCGGACUUUCCCAGGACGCCCUCGCCGGCGUCGGACCCCCCGGCCAGGUGGACCCACCUGACGGCGUUUGAGCUGAAAGGGCUCGCGGUGCUGGUGGACAAGCUGGAGUCCCUCCCCGAAAACAAGAGGAACGUCCCGCAGGGCAUCGACCGGCCCAACAGCCUGCUGCAGGACAUGAGGGUGAUCCUGAAAGAGCACACGGACGACGACAGCCAGCUAGCCCUCACCGGCGUCCCUGUGGUGUGCUGGCCCAAGAAGACCCUGAAGAAUCGCCUGGCUAACCGGCCGAAACUGAAGAUGGGCGGGUCGGCGGUGGCGGUGCGGCUGUCGGGGGGGCGCUCCACGUCGGGGGCGCGGAGGCGGCGGACGCGCUGCAGGAAGUGCGAGGCCUGCAUGCGCACGGAGUGCGGCGAGUGCCACUUCUGCAAGGACAUGAAGAAGUUCGGAGGACCCGGGAGAAUGAAGCAGUCCUGCAUCAUGAGGCAGUGCAUCGCGCCGGUGCUGCCCCACACGGCCGUGUGCCUGGUGUGUGGGGAGGCUGGGAAGGAGGACACGGUGGAGGAGGACGAGGAGAAAUUCAACGUCAUGCUCAUGGAGUGCUCCAUCUGCAACGAGAUCCUGCACCCCAGCUGCCUGAAGGUGAAGGAUGCUGGAGGUGUGAUCAAUGAGGAACUCCCAAACUGCUGGGAGUGUCCUAAGUGCAAUCACGCAGGAAAGACAGGGAAACAGAAAAGGGGUCCCGGGUUCAAGUACGCGUCCAACCUGCCGGGGUCCCUCCUGAGGGAGCAGCGUCUGGGCCGGGACAUCAAGGAGGAGCCGGACACGCCCCCGGCCUUGCCCUCCGCCCUGCCCCGCAGGAAGGCCGAGCGGGAGGACACGCCCAAACGCAGGCCGCCCCUCCUCACCCCUGAGGACCUGCCCUUAGCCCUGCCCCUGCCCCUGCCCCUGCCCCUGCCCCGCCUAGACGACAACCCGCUCCGAAAGAAGAGGAAGCUCUUCAGCACUGACCCAGACCCCGCGCUGCAGAAAAAGUUCUGUUGCUCGUCCUUCCCCAGCAGCGGAAGCUGGAUGACCCGCCCCUCCCCCAGCUGCUGCGGCAGAUCAAGAUGGAGGAGGAGGAGCAGGGAAGAGUUCGGGAGGGCGCUGGAGGGGCGGGGGGCGGAUCAUGUGCACAAACACGAGGAGGAAGAGGACAGGGAUAUGGAGGGCCGGGAGGAAGAGGAGGACCAGGAGGAGGCGAGGAGGGCCCCGCCCAGCGCCCUGCUCCGGACGGCCGAGGAGAGCGGCCAGUCGCACCCCAGCUCCCCGCGGGCGGGGCCCAGCGGCGAGGGGGGCUGGGAGGGGCAGGAAAAGGGGCGGGGCCGGGCGCCGCGGCAACGCCGGCUGCCCAAUAAGGAGCUGAGCAAGGAGCUGAGCAAGCAGCUGAACCAGGAGAUCCAGCGGACCGAGCACAGCCUGGCCCAGGAGGCGUGCCCGCUGCUCAAACCCGAGCCCGACUGCGAGCGCGGGGGGUCCCCCGACGAGCCGCCGCCGCCGCCGCUCCUCAACGGCUCCGCCCCGCCCCCCCUCCGCCUGACCCCGCCUCCGCCGGCCGCCCCGCCCCCCCACGGCCACGGCCCCGCCCCCUGCCGCUCCCCGCCCAGGUGCCUGCCCGUGAUGGAGCGUCACGUGAUCAGGCCGCCGCCCAUCAGCCCGCCCCCGGACCAGCUGCCCCUGGAGCGGGGCGACGCCCACCCCAUGCGCCGGGAGGGCUGGAUGGCCGUGUUCCGCCACCUCACGCACGCCGAGCUCUGCGUCUGCAUGCGCGUCUGCAAGACCUGGAACCGCUGGUGCUGUGAUAAGAGGCUGUGGUCCAGCAUUGAUCUGAACCGCUGCAAGUCCAUCACCCCCCUCAUGCUGAGCGGGAUAAUCCGGCGGCAGCCAGCCUCUCUGGACCUCAGCUGGACCAACAUCUCCAAGAAGCAGCUCAGCUGGCUCAUCAACAGGCUGCCGGGUCUGAGGAUGCUGUACCUGGCAGGGUGUUCCUGGGUGGCCGUCUCCGCCCUCUGCACCUCCAGCUGCCCCCUGCUCCGCACCCUGGACCUGCAGUGGGUGGAGGGCCUGAAGGACGCCCAAAUGAGGGACCUGCUGUCCCCUCCCACCGACAACCGGCCAGGUCAGGUGGACAGCAGGAGUAAGCUGCGUAACGUGGUGGACCUGCGGCUGGCGGGGUUGGACGUCACGGACGUGUCUCUGCGGCUGAUAAUCCGGUACAUGCCGCUCCUCUCCCGCCUGGACCUCAGCUACUGCAACCACAUCAGCGACCAGUCCAUCAACGUCCUCACAGCCGCGGGGACCACCACGCGCGACUCGCUCACCGAGAUCAACCUGUCAGUUUGCAAUCGAGUCACCGACCAAUCGCUGAGCUUCUUCAAGCGCUGCGGGAGCAUCUGCCACAUAGACCUGCGGUACUGCAAGCAGGUGACCAAGGCCGGCUGCCAGCAGUUCAUCGCGGAGAUGUCCGUCAGCGUGCAGUUCGGCCUGGUGGAGGAGAAACUGCUGCGGAAGCUCUGCUAGCGUUUGUGGGAACGCAGAGACCCCAGUGCACAGGAACAGGAAGAGGAACAGGAACAGGAAGGCACACACGGGAACAGGAAGAGGAAGAGGAAUUGAAUGGAAAAAGCCAUGAAUCCCAGAAGACCAGAAUGGGGGAAAGUCAAGUUAUUUUGGGGGGACUGAACCCUUUUUUUGUUGUUUUCUUGUGGGAAAAUGAAUGUCGCCUGAAAAAAGGGGGUUGUUGAGCAAGUGUGCGUGAGUGAGAGUGCGCGCGCAGGUGUGUGUGAGAGAGAGAGAGAGUAUGAGCAUAAGCACAUUAUUGUCUGAGUGUGAGUAUGGAAGUGUGUGUGUGAGAGAGAGAGUAUGAGCAUGAGCACAUAAUUGUCUGUGAGUGUGAGUAUGGAAGCGUGUGUAUGUGAGAGAGAGUAUGAGCAUGAGCACAUAAUUGUCUGUGAGUGUGAGUAUGGAAGCGUGUGUGUGAGAGAGAGAGAGUAUGAGCACAUCAUUGUCUGUGAGUGUGAGUAUGGAAGCAUGUGUGAGAGAGAGAGAGAGUAUGAGCACAUAAUUGUCUGCGAGUGUGAGUAUGGAAGCGUGUGUGUGUGAGAGAGAGUAUGAGCAUGAGCACAUUAUUGUCUGUGAGUAUGGAAGUGUGUGUGAGAGAGAGAGAGUAUGAGCAUGAGCACAUAAUUGUCUGUGAGUGUGAGUAUGGAAGCGUGUGUGUGUGAGAGAGAGUAUGAGCAUGAGCACAUAAUUGUCUGUGAGUGUGAGUAUGGAAGCAUGUGUGAGAGAGAGAGAGAGUAUGAGCAUAAGCACAUUAUUGUCUGUGAGUGUGAGUAUGGAAGAGUGUGUGUGAGAGAGAGAGUAUGAGCAUGAGCACAUAAUUGUCUGUGAGUGAGUAUGGAAGCGUGUGUGUGAGAGAGUAUGAGCAUGAGCACAUUAUUGUCUGUGAGUAUGGAAGUGUGUGUGAGAGAGAGAGAGUAUGAGCAUGAGCACAUUAUUGUCUGUGAGUGUGAGUAUGGAAGCGUGUGUGUGAGAGAGAGAGAGUAUGAGCAUGAGCACAUUAUUGUCUGUGAGUAUGGAAGUGUGUGUGUGUUUGUGUGUCUGUGGGUCUGAGAGAGAGAGUAUGAGCAUGAGCACAUUAUUGUCUGUGAGUGUGAGUAUGGAAGCGCGCGUGUGUGUGUGCGUGAUGGGUGGAGGCUGAGGUGGUGUGUCCACAGGCGUCCCCAUGGAAACAGUGUGUGAACGCCUCAUGCUGCUAAAGCGAAGACCCGCGUGUGCAGCCUGUCAGAUCGGCCUUUUGGGGAGAGACUGCCACAGAACACAUCGAUUUUCUGUUCUGAACGUCCUUCUAAACCUUUAAGUUAACUUUUUUUAAAUGCGUAUAAGAAAAACAAAACAAAAAAGAAAUGACCACGGUUGGUGAUUAUUAUUAUUAUUAUUAUUACUGUUAUUAUUAUUAUUUUUUACUUUAUAUCAUACGUUUUGUUACCAUGCAAACCUCAUGUAAUGCAGAGAUAUUUUUGUAUGAGAAAAUGCCCAGGCUAUCUGCAGUAUCGAACAGCGGUUUGAAUGCCACGACUGACAGUAUUUCAAUCUGCAUCACCGUUGCACUCUGGGCUGGACUGACCCCAGCUUUACCCACGUUACCAUAGUAACUUAUACUGCUGUGUGCGUCUUGUAUGGGAUUGCCCAAUUGUAAGGACAAAGGUUACCCCCUCGUUUAGUCCAAUUUCAAGUUUAUAUUUCACUGUCUUUAUACCUGGGAUUUCUGGGAAAGAAAAAAACAAAACAAUUUGCACUGUUUGACACGAAUAAAUUUAGCUAUUUUUUUUUCUCCGAGUGUAUCAGAUAUUUAUACGGGAAGCUUUGCGAGAGGACCCCGUGUUCUCGGGGUCUCUGACGGCGUCUUCUCCUCGUUCGAGCCCUCGGAGCCUUUGUUCUUCCGGAGAGACGCUCGGAUCGCGAGGAG